CUCACCUUUCGGCCAUGCAGCUGUCGAAGGCUAUUCCUUUCCAGCACCAGCUUUGUGCCAGAUAUUCACUUACCCGUCAAUUCUGCAAUUAGCUGCUUCUUACUUCUGCACCAUUUCGUAUAAAUAUCUCGAGGCAUCAGAACACCCAUUCAAACCACCCCACCACAGCCUCGGACAUCAUCAUGACUACAAACUCGCCCAACACUGUACGCCGGCCAAACCCUGAAGAUGGUCCCACACAAGCACCAGCUCCCAGACGCUACGUUAAUGAACUCGACAAUCGUCCUGAGGCAAGCAUGAACACGAUCUCGAGUCUCACAGGAGCGCAAGCUUCUGUGGAAUACUCGUGGCGGGCACCUUCACCACCUCACAUAUACGUUCCUCAGCCCCGAGAAGACCAAACCCUUGCACUUCCUGCGUUCGUGGCCAUGGGAUAUACGGAUGAGGAACGGAGAAUAUUAUUGGAAGUGACGUCAAAUAAUUCCUGGAUCAACAAGGCGAAGGAGUGGAAAUAUUUAUGGAGAAGAAACUCGCAGUCGAUCCUCACCUUCCUACAACUUGGUCCAUCAUGCGCCGCAAGGGAUUUGACUGCCUUGAGAGCCGAUGGAGUUACUAUGCUGUUGGUCAUCCGGAGUACUAUGACUGCAGCAGCUAGUUUGCUGAGCGGGGACAAGGCCGCGCAAGCAUUAGGUAUAGAAUCUGCAGCGGUCGAUGUUGCCAGCAACAAUGAGCUUAUUGCGGCGUUCCCAAGAGCGACCAGAAUCAUCAACGACCACCUCGUUUCCCAAUACCGUCGGCACAUGGCAGCAAACGGACGCGUUCCCCAACCAUGCGGCAAAGUCUUGGUCUUCUGCGAGUCUGGCAACGAGCGUUCGGCGGCUUUCGUCGUGGCUUUCAUUAUGAACAUUUACGGCGUUGAGCUCAUACCUGCCAUCCAAUACGUACAGUCGCAGCGUUUCUGCGUUGCCUUCGACGAUGACUUGAAGCAUAUGCUCAACAGCUACCAGGAUAUUUUGAAGGCGCAGCGAUCUCUUGUCGACUUACCAGGGGCUCCACAAGCGAAGCCGAAGAGACGAAGAGACGAUAUUGAGGAUGAAGACGGAGACGUGGACAUGCUUGGUCAAGGAGACGACGAGGCCAGAUUUGGAGGCCGUACUUCUUUUGUUCCCUUCCAAGCUCUGCCGCAGUGACCCAAGGACGUUUGUGAAUACUAUGAGCGAGGCGUUAUUGGUAUGGAAAGUCAUGAUCAUCGGAGUUUGGGGAAUUGCUUCUUGCAUUUACAAAGAAGGCUGGCGUUUACAAUACCCUGUAACGGAGCAUAACGUAUGGGGUUUUGGGUUCAGAUGAACGAUGUCGGUGUAUCAUAAUGAAUGGAGAAACGGCAGCCUGUGCCUCUCAUGUGUCUUACCUGCGGCUGUGGGUCGUUAAUUAGCAUUUCUCAAUGGCAGAUUUAGUAUUGCUAAAGGAAGCAAGAUCUAGGGCACCCUCUCUCUUGCAUUAUCCUGCGUUUUAUUGCGGGGUCUGACUUAGACAUCACGGUCAAUUUCCCUGGCAAGUUUUGGACAUGAAAGCUCCUCCGAUGACUCAAAUCCAUUUCAUGGAGAUCCCAGUCCGUGCUACCAAAUUCGGGCUCAGCAGGACGCAAUUGCGCCAUGUCAAGCCAACGUCAUUGAGCACAACCUUAUACUUUAUUCUUAGCAAAUAUGUCAACUGGAUAACUUCGAUCACUCCCG